AUGCCGCCAAACCCUAUCCAACAUUUCAAACGCAUCGGCGUCGUCGGAGCCGGCAACAUGGGCUCGAUGAUGGUCUUUGCCUUCUCGGAAAUUGGCCUCGAUGUCUCUGUCUGGGACGUUAGCAAGGGUAACCUGGAUCAGCUCAUGGGCAACGUCAAAGCAUCCAAGGAUAUCAAGACCAAGGUCGAGGGAUACCAUGAUAUCGACGAGUUCACCAGGUCUCUCGAGGGCGCGGGCGAUCGGAAACUAUUCAUGUUCUCGAUUACCCAUGGCCAACCUGCUGAUUCCGUGCUGAGCAUGAUCAAGAAGGAUCUCAAGAAGGGUGAUAUUAUUCUCGACGGCGGCAAUGAGAAUUAUCGACGCACGGAGCGGAGACAGAAGGAGUGCAAGGAGAUUGGUGUGAGUUGGAUCGGUAUGGGUGUCUCGGGGGGUUAUCAAUCUGCUCGAAGGGGUCCUAGUUUGUCGCCUGGAGGUGAUGCGGAGGCUAUGAAUAUCGUGAUGCCGUUGUUGGAAGCCUACUCGGCCAAAGACAAGAAGACCGGUCUUCCCUGUGUGACUGCCGUUGGGCCUGCCGGGUCCGGCCACUUCGUCAAGAUGGUUCACAACGGUAUCGAAGGUGGUAUGUUGUCGACACUGGCCGAGGCCUGGUCUCUUCUGCAUUACGGCCUGGGAAUGAACUAUGACGAGAUCGGAGAUAUCUUCGAGCAAUGGAACAAGGAAGGCGAGCUUAAAAACAACUACCUUAUCCAAAUCGGUUCUGAAAUAUGCCACGUCAAGCGCACUCCCCAAGGCGACCACAAAGGCGAAGGCGUCAGUAAUAAAGAUGGUUACGUGCUAGACGACGUCCUGGACAAGGUCGUCCAAGACGACGACAACACCGAAGGCACCCCACUCUGGGCCCUCAUGGAUUCAGCAUUCCGUCACGUCUCGGCCCCGACUCUAGCUACUGCGCACUACAUGCGAAUCUCCAGCGGCAACCGCGAAGAACGAGUCAAGGUCGCGAAGAAAAUCCAAGUCCCCUCCCCCAAGCCAAUCGAGCGCAUUAAAAACCGCAAGGAAUUCGUCGAGCACAUCCGUCGCGCGGUCUACGUCGCUUUCCUCGCGUCUUUCUGCCAAGGUCUCGAAAUAAUUUCCCGCGCGUCCCUAGAUGAGGGCUGGAACAUCGAUCUCGGCAAGUGUCUCCAAAUCUGGCGUGCCGGAUGUAUUAUCCAGUCCGAGGCCAUUGCCGAUAUCCUGCAGCCAGCACUUAGCGCCGACAAGCAAAUGACCAACAUCAAGUUUAUCGAUAAGGUCGCGCAAGAAUUGCAUAAAAACUUUGAAUCCCUGAAACAGGUUGUCAUUGAGAGUGUCAUGUCUGAUCACUAUAUCCCUGCUAUCUCGGCCACGCUCGAGUACCUAAAGUAUGAGGGUGGCACAAAGCUACCGACCAAGUUUAUGGAGGCUCAGAUGGACUUUUUCGGGGCACAUGCGUAUAAUAAGCCUGGUGUUCCUGGAGAGGAUCCGGGCCCGAACCCCGUUCGCAUCGCCGUGAUCGGUGGCACCGGUCUUCGCGAACUCCCCGGCUUCACUCAGGUUGCCAGCCUCGAAAUUUCCACGCCGUGGGGCAACCCCUCCUCGCCGAUUACCAUCCUUCACCACAAAUGCACCACCACCGGCAAGCUCGUCGCGGUCGCAUUCCUCAGUCGCCAUGGUCUUCACCACCAGCUGACGCCGCAUGAGGUCCCCGCCCGUGCCAACAUCGCUGCCCUUCGCUCCAUUGGUGUCCGUACCAUCAUCGCCUUCUCUGCCGUCGGUAGCUUGCAGGAGGAAGUCAAACCGCGAGACUUUGUGGUGCCGAACCAGGUCAUUGACCGAACUAAGGGUUUCCGUCCCUGGACAUUCUUUGAGCAGGGUGUUGUUGCUCACGUUCCUUUUGCGGAUCCGUUUGAUGAGCGGGUUGCCAAGGUUGUGAGAGAGUGCGGACACAGCUUGGAGGGUGAGGGUGUGACGUUGCAUGACAAGGGCACUAUCAUCUGCAUGGAGGGACCUCAGUUCUCGACCCGCGCCGAGAGUCACAUGUACCGUUCCUGGGGUGGCACCGUCAUCAACAUGUCGUGUCUCCCCGAGGCCAAGCUCGCGCGCGAAGCCGAAAUUGCCUACCAGAUGAUUUGUAUGUCAACCGACUACGACUGCUGGCACGAGUCGACCGCCGAUGUGACUGUCGAGAUGGUUAUGGGUAACAUGAAGGCCAAUGCCGAGAAUGCCCGCCGCUUUGUCACGGCUGUGCUCGAUACCCUGGCCAAUGACGAAAACUCCGACCUUGUGCAGGCCAAGCACAUUGAGGGAUCUAUCAAGUUCGGUCUGACCACUCCCCAGGCUCAGUGGAGUCCUGACGCUCGCCAGCGUCUGGACUAUCUGUUCCCUGGUGCUUUCCAGUAA